AUGACGUCGCCCCCACGGCAUGCAGGGAGGCGUUCAGGCGAUCAGCCUCCUUCGUCUUCUCCUUCUUCGUCCUCACCUUCUCGCUCUUCUCCUUCUUCGUCCUCACCUUCUCGCUCUUCUCCUUCUUCGUCCUCACCUUCUCGCUCUUCUCCUUCUUCGUCGUCUGCUUUGUCUUCUUGUCCUGUCAUUUCUCAGGAACGUAGUUUUCCUCUUCAGCACCAGGCGGGAGAUCCACAGGCUCUUCAGCGUUGGCGUUCUCUCCCUGACUCCUUUAGGGCCGCUUCUCCCGCUGCGACCCUGCCUCCGUUCGCGACCGUCUCCUCGUCUGGCUCUCCUGUCUCGUCUCUGCUUUCUACGCCUGUGUCCGGCGUCUCUUGUGUAUCUUCUGUGUCUUCUACAUCUCCUGAUCCCCCUGUCUCCCCGGUCGCUUCCGUCUCUCCGCUUUCGUCUCCGCGUGGACCUUCUCUGUCUGCUGUCGCUCCCGCUUCUGUUGCUUCCUCGGCUUUGCCUUUCUCGCACCUGGCAGAUCGGGACGCGUCCGGUGUCUCGACAGCUGGGUCCCCAAAGCGAAUCCUGGAAGGUGCCGGAGCAGGCGCUCCUCUGCCUUCGCCUCACUCAACGUCUCCGGUGUCAUCUCAGUCCGCAGGUCCUGACGGCUCCCGUCUCGCCGCGACUUCUUCGCCGUGUGUCUCUCCGGGUGGAUCUCCACAGGCUCACUCUCCGGCCUCAGCUUCACUCCUUUCUCGGUCCCCUGUGUCUCGUUCUCCCGGCAGUUGUGCUGCGGCGCCUCUGCAUCCGUUCGCUUCGCCUGGGCAGGCGGCGUCUUCUCUGAAGCCGGGGACUCCUCGAGUCGCUGGAGGGGCGCGUCUCUCUCGUGACGAGCUUCUGCGUCUGCUUCUCAUCGCUCGCGAGCGAAACCUCGCUCUCCAGAAAGCGGAGCUGGGCCGUUUGGACUCGGGGGACAGUGGCAAGACAGGCCGUCUUUCCCCCGAGUCUCUCCUGCAAGGCGUCCCCUCGUCCGCUUCCUCUGUCUCCGCGCCUCUCGCCUCUCAGGCUUCCUCUCGCUCUCCUCAACUUCCGACUGAAACCUCUGACGCCGUCACCCUCACGGACGCCAUCCGUACACGCCGGGAGUUCGACCGUCUUGCGUCUGGCACCAGUGCCUCCACUCAUCUCUUGUCACUCGUCACUGAGCGUCUUGCUUUCUCUCUCACAAACGUCCAGGCCUCGUCCCCUCCGCCUGGGUCCUCUUCAACUCCAUCUUCAGCUGUCUCUUCAACUGCCUCUCAAGCGGCGUCUCCGUCUCGUGUAGCAUCUUCGCUGCGCGCGUCGCGUUUGUCUCCAGCGUCUCCACAGGUGCUGUCGCCUCAAAGGUCCCCUCGAGCUGUCUCCCUCGAGCGGCUUUCAUCGCCCUCUGUCCUGUCUGUCUCCUCAGAGAAGAAGGAUCUGGGGUGCCGGAGCGAAGCCGCGUCUAGCCGGGUGCUCCUCUCUUCUUUGACCACAGAACAGGGGAAGCCUGAAGUAUCAGUCCAGAUAGAGAUCCAGACGAACGAGCAGGCGAGAGGCGCUUCUCCGUUUUCUGGUGAACAACCGGUUCCGAGACCGACUGGAGGUCUGCAGAAGAGCGAGGAGACGCGACAGGGGAGCGCGGAGAGCGAGAGACCUGGUCGAGCAGCUCCGGCAGAGAGGAAGAACGAAGGACGCGCGACACGGACGGAGACUCAAAAGAAACCAGAGACACCCGAGGAAGAGACAGGAGUAAAAGCAGUCGACGAGGCAGAGAAGAAAAGCGUUAUGGCGACGGAAGAGACGGCCAAGGAGACCGGGGCGGAGGGAGCUCGAGAGAGUGUAGGGAAAGAGAGGGGAGAAGAGGAGAGUGAGGCGUCAGAAAAGAAGGCUCCUUUCUCGUCUGAAGACACGCAGAAUGGCGGCGCCUCAUGCUCCAUUUGCGGCCAGAGACAAGAGGCGACGGAUAAGGAAAAUCCGAUUCUUUUUUGCCGCAGCUGCCAGGUCGGGGCCCAUUUGUUCUGUCUGCCGUCGCAGCUGCUGCAACGCGCCUACGCCUCUUUCAAGAGAGAAGAACGACGCGCGCAACUCGCUUCGAAACUCCAGGAAGCGGCGGCCUCGAGGGAGGCGCCGAGCGAAGAGAAGCCUGAGGCCUCGAGGCGGGCGGAGUCUGCAAAAGGAAAUGCUGGAAGCGCCUCAGAGAGGCGAGAGAAACGGACUUCAAAUCCAGAGCAAGGCUUGACGGGAUCUGGGGACGAGCUUCAGAUGACGGAGGAUGGACUCUCGCUGUCGGAAUUCAUUUCCACGGUCUUCUCCUCCGGCACUGCUGCGCAUGCUGUGGCGAAACGAGAAUCCGAAAAUGCUCAGGCGUUUCGAGUUCGAGACAACUACCUGAAGUUCUUCGAGUGUACCGCUUGCGCGUUUUCGCAGAAAGAGCGACAGGAGGAGAAGCUGACUUCCGACCCUCUCCACAUGCCAACGGAGGCGUUUCCUCAAAGCCUGGAGGCCAGACACUCCUUCGCUCCACCCUCCGUGCUGCCCCGCUCGCUGACAAACCGCAGCCUCGGCCAACCUUCGUUGUCUUCUUCUCCUGCUGGUUCCGGUUGUCCUUUGCCAGUCGUAGUGUGUGGAGAGCGUCGGGAAGAGACUCUGCGGUGUGUUUUGUGUGGGCGGGAAGGAGGCAUUUUCGAGGAUUCUUUUCCUGACGAAGGAGGAGCAGCUUCGGUGCCUGUCCAUAGUUCUUGUGCGAUCUACACGAAGGCCCAGCUGGUGCACGACCCGGUCGCGGCUUUGCUUGAGCGAAGAGAGCGGAGAAGACAAACAAGGAAUCCUGUGAGUCCUUCGCUUCAGACGUCGUCUUUGACUCGCGAGGCCGUCGGUGUCGCCUUGGGCGAGGAGAGGGUGAGAGACAUGCGCGGGACGAUCAAAGAGGUGGAGGGAGAAGAGGAAAGAGUGGAGGCAAAGGUCGAAGACGCACGGGAUGGAAAGGAGGAGGCAGAGAAUGCGAGACCAGACACUUCGACUGCCGCCGACGCGUUGGCGAAGAACCGAGACGAGGAGUUUGUCGUCGAUCCAUCUGCUGCCUGUCCUCGGUGGCUGUCGAGAUGUCAACUGUCAGAGCUUUUGCUUCUCUCGGGUCUCAACAAUUGGUCAUGCUCUCUCUGCACCUCUGGCCUCUCAGCUCCGCGUUCUUCCGGGGAUCCUGACAAGGAGCCGUCGACGCAUGCGCUUCCUUCUUUGUCUCUCGAUGUCUCUUCCGGGGGCUCGGAGUCGACGUCAAACCCUCUCGGCGCAGAUGCGUUCAAAGAGCAAGCGGCAAACGCCGGAGACGACACCAAUCUCUCCACCGACGACCUUCUUUCUUCUCUUUCCUCGCGUCUUCCUUCGUCUUCGUCUCCUCUCUGUUCUGCGGGUGUAGGAGAGGCGUCUGCGUCGAGCUUCAGAGGCUUCCCCUUGGCCUGUGCGUAUCCCGGCUGCAAGGCCCGCGCUCAUGCGUUCUGUGCUCAACAAAAAGGAGGACUUGUCCAGGAGGUGGUACUUCUUUAUUCGCGGGAGAAGCGGCCGUCUUCUGAGGGUCGAGAGCAGAGGGCAGGCGAGUCAGAUCCGCAAGACGCCAGCGACUAUGAGCUUGAAGCGUUGUCUCGCCUGUCACGGUCCUGCAGGGCUGGCACAUCCAGCGAAAAGCGACGUGAGGUUGGAACUCGAGACGAAGAGAAUGAAGUCGAGUGCCUCUCACGCCUUGGUGAGACACUUGAGGCAACGAAAGACGGACGAUCUGUGUGUAAGGAAGACAUUUCCAGUGGCGACGACAAGGAGAACAAAAAGUCUCUCUGCAGACGAUGUUGCACGGCCUCUCCGGAUUCUUCAGCUGCUGGAAAGAAGCGGAAACACGAGGCCCGACCUUUUCAGGAGUCGCUCUUGAACCGUUCCGGCCGGCGCCUGUGGGGCGCUCACAUCUGGCGAGCUGUUCUAUGUGCGGCACACGCAGACUCGCAGUCUCUCGCGGUCGCGAGGAAGGCCGCGGUUCCGGGCCUCUGUCGCCGCCUUGUCUCCUCCUUGAAACGGCGCCUGCCAUUCGAACAGGGACCAAGGCACUUCCCGACAGACGCGGCCCCAAGCGACCUCGUCGGCGCCUCUGGGGGGCUCGGGGCGGGUCCGCGGGAGAGUGGCUGCAGAGAUGGUUUACGAGAAGAACAAGGUGCGAGAGACCGAGAGACGGGAGCCUUGAAGAGGGAGAGAGAGGCAAGGCAUGCAGCGCCCAGGAGCGCCAAGGAGGGCGCAGACCCGUCGGUCCUACAGGCGGCUUCCGGCGUGAGGCGACCGGAAGGGGACGCGCGAGCGGUGAUGGGACCAAUGGAGGCAGAAGAGACAGGCGCAGAUGACGGAGAGGGAGAGAGCCGCGGCAAAGAGACAAGGCCAGGCGGUCGUGAGGAGGAGACGACACGGACUGGGGGCUUGCCAGAGAGGAGAACCGGCGUGACGGGAGAGAACGGGUCUUCCAUGUCCCCAACGCAGCCGCUGGGUUUCUUGCCCGUGGACUCAUGGUCACCUUCUGACAGUCGAAACGGUCGCUGCCCUCAACAGUCUCCUCUUCCCUCUUCUCCGCGAUCCUCGAUGUCUCCUGCGUCUUCGCGGUCGCGCUCCCCCCAACUGCUCUGCAGCUCGCGGGCGUCAGAGAGCCCCUUCGGCUCGUCUCCCGCCCUACCUGUUCCGCCUCCCGGGCCUUCACAGUCUCCUGGGCCUUCAAAUUCUCCUGGGCCUUCAAAUUCUCCUGGGCCUUCAAAGUCUCCAGUGCCUUCACAGUCCCCGGCUUCUGCGUCUUCCCGUUCUUCGCGGGCGACGCCAGACGCAGGCGGGCCUCCUCCCGACACCGGAGCCGCGGGCAACACAAAUGUGCAUGCAGCCGCAACGCGGGGGACGACUCUGCAGUGGCAUCGCUACGAUGUGCGUUUCAAGCGUUUGGUUUUCGGCGUCUUCGCGCCUCAACUUUUGCGUCUGAUGCCUCCUGGAGAGCGCAGCAAGGCGUUGGUGGCCAGCGAGCAUCUUUGCCGUCUCCUCUUCGACACAGAGGACUCGGGCCUUCCGUCGACUUCGGCCUCUCUGCCUCCACCUGCGACGGGACUUGUGCUCCCUGCCUCGAACGCCACGACGCCGCUCCACGCUCCUCUGUCUCCUCGCGCCGGUGUGGGGUCUCUCCCCUGCCCCGCGGGGCCUGGGCCCCGAGCGCCGGAUUCGCCGGCGCUCGUCGCGCUCGACAGUCUGGAGUGUGGUGGGGUGUUUCAGGAAGAGUCGAGUUUCGCCGCGAGGCGCGAGGUGUCUCCGCAGGAUCUUGUUUCAGACACAGGCAUGGGCUGGGGCCCUGUCUCUUCUGAAGAUUUCUCCUCGGCCCUGCAGGCAGACAUGUCUUGGGUGCCGCCGUCGCCUCGACUUCGCGUCUCCGCGUCUCACACGUCGCUCUCGUCUUGCGCCAGUUGUCCCUUAGGUCUCCCUCCCGGUGCAUUUCCUACCUUUUCUUCUCUCCGCCAGGCGACAGGUCUUUCCGCACCGUCCUUGCGGGUGCAACUGCAGUGGCCUUCGGGGUUGCCUCUUGCAGAUUCCUUCGGAUUUUUCCAUGACAUUUUGCUGCCUUUCUUCGUCCGCGUUUGCGCCCGCGAGAAUGCUUGGGAAGAAGAGGACAGAAUCCCUCGCUGCGCCGUCUCCGCGCUCGCUGACACUCCCGGCUCUCCGUCGCUAAGCCCAGGCACCGAAGACGCCGCCACAGAGUCUGCGGGCUUCUCGCCCUCGGCACACUCGCCCCCUGAGUCGCCUGCUGGACGAAAGGGGCCUGGGGGGACUCCGCGGGAUGGCCUGCUCUCGCGCCGAGCGAGUCUCCAGUCGAGUUUGGAGACAGGAGACAGCGGACGCGGCCGCGGGCGUGAAGAGGCCCGAGAGAGGCGAGAGAAACCCGGUCGCGUCAGCAGCCGCCGCAGCAGCGGGGGAGGCCUUUCGCUUGGGGACGAAGGCCCGAAGGCGAGCGACCGUGCAGGAGAGGGCGCCGGGAAGACGCUUUGUCUCUCCACGACCGCCGGACGAACCGGAGCCCGACGGCGCGCGCGGAAGGGGACACCCGGAGGCUGGGCGGGGGCCGACGAGACUCGAGACAGGGAGGAUGUAGGGAGUUUGUCUGCGGCUUCUUCUCCGUCUUCGUCGUUUGAAUGUCGGAGAGGGCGCGCUUCGGCGACGCCAAGCGGCGCAGAGGGUGAGGGGCCUGCGGGGGGGCGAGAAGGCGACACAGAGGCCCCAGGCCCGAAGCCGAGAGGGGACGGGGGACAGUUCCCAGCGCCUUCGAAAGAGGCUCAAGACUCUGGCGCCGCUUCUCUCUCUGAGAAGCAGGGCGACGAAGGGGGGAUUGUGGAAGUGGAGACGUCCGACAGUCUUGGCGCGUCUCUCGGCUUGGGCGAGGAAGACGAACCGCGGCCGAAGAAGCUGAAGACGAGUGUUUUGACGUUGUUUGACUUUGGAGGCGUCCAGGCGUACGCUUCCUUGAACGUUCGGCGCGAAUCUAGCGAGGAGGCCGCAAGAAAGCGACGAGAAGAACGCAAGCUCAUUCAGCACUACCGAGCGUCGCUGCCUCUCCUCGGGUCCGCCUCCCUGCCGGGUCUUCUCCCCUCGGUCUGUUCGGCGGCCGCGAGCGGGACAGAGAAGGGGAAAAACGCGUCUGCGGGGGGCCCUGCCCUCUCGCCCGCUGCGCUCUCGUCUCAGGUGGAGAAGCUGCUGAGCUUCUACGAGGACCUUCUGCGAACCGAGGAAGAGGAUGAAGCAGCCGAGGGCGAACGCCCUUGCGAGGACGCGCUAAACGAACAAAACGCAGACGGGGAGCUGGGGAGAGGCACGACACUGGUCGGAGAGACCGAACCGGGUGAAGGCCCCUCAGAAUAUCCCGGAAACAGCGAUGACAGAGACAGCGAGAGCAGUCGACACAAAAUCAAAGAGACAGUCACUCUCGACGACGUCCUGCCUCUCGCGCCCUACCAAGCUGCCUUCCUCAAGUUCCGCCCGCUGUCUCUCUCCCUCGCGCCACGGUCUGCCGCCUCCGCGCGUCCGUCGUCGUCUGUCUCGGCGCACGCGGUGUCUCCUUUGGUCCUGCCAAUCGCGCGCCUGCCGGGUCUGCAAUUCGCAACUCAAGGUGUCUCCUCGCCCCGGGCUUGUGCUCUGACAGUCGACUUCGAAAGCUUCCACAGCACCCUUGCGGUGUGGCGAGAGCAUGGGCGACUGAAGGAGACCCAGGAAGAGAAGGAGAAUGCAGUCCACUGCUCACAGCUUGCCCAGGCAGACAGCCGAGAAACGCAUUUCGCGACUCCUCAGGAAAGCCAAAUGGCGUCGGAAAACCCAGGGGACAUUCCCCGAGAUCGCCCAGACGUUCGUACCGAUUCGUCUCCAGUUCCUUCGUCUGGUUCGCCUUCUUCCUCGGCGGACCACGAGACAGAAGCCGCCGCUGGCUGUGACUCUGCGGACGGACUGGACGAGAGAGGCGCCUUCCCGGGGUCUGGCCUGUUUGUGCCUGGAGCUUCGACGCGACUCGAGCAGCGACUUGCUUCAUCCAAGGGCGGGCCAUGGCCUUCAGCUUCGGCUUCUGCGAAGAACAGGUUCGGGUCUCUUUCUCUCGUGACGUCUGGCAACAUGUGUGUUCUUCCUCCGUCUUCCGCUGCUGCUGCGGCGCUCGCGGGUGCCGCAGUGCUCAGAGAGUUCGACGCCUCAUUCGGACCUUCUGCCUUUCCCUCGUACACCUUCGCUGCCUCGUCGCGGUCCCUCUUCGGGUCCCGAGGCGCCCACGAAGGGGCGAGGUUGACCUUCGCCGCGGACCUCUUCAACAAGCGCAUCACGCGCCUCGCAUGCGGCAUGAGCGAACGGCUCCGCCGAGAGUUCCUCGCGGGGAACUCUGGGGCUCUGCGGGCUUGGAAACCCGGGACCGACUUGUCUCCUCACGAGGUCCAUGAAGAGGAUGAAACUCUUCUGGUUGAGUGCAACUACGUUGCGACGUUCGUGGCCGCCGCUCUGUUGGAAAGACAACUGUCGUCGCACAGAGAGGUGCUUCUGGACAGACUCGAAAAAGAGGUUUUGUACAGUCCAGCUCGCGUCUCGGACCGUGUCGAAGAACAACAGCUGAUCCUUAGGCGCUACUUCAGUCGUCUCAGAUGGUCCGCUCUGAUCGACGCCGUCCGCAGAGGGUACCGGGACUACUGUGGCGCCUCGUGCCAAGGUUUGUGCUGUCUCGCCUGCUCGGCCACUCUGCGUCUCUCCCGGAUUCGGCAAGAAGAGCUACAAAGCCCCCACGGUCCCAAAGGGGGCCUCUGGCCGGGCCUCCAAACCACGCGUGCAGGGGAGCUCUGGGGCGCUCAGGGCCGGGGACUGCUGGAGGCGCGCCCAGGCUCGAGAGAGGCUGCACCUCGCACCGCGAAGGAGAAACUUGCAUUUCCGAGUCCUUGUGGAAGAAGGCCCUGUUCAGUCGUCUGCGGCGGGGCUGCUCCCGGGGCUUCUGGCCCCACAGGAGACGCUGACAGCGGCAGGUGCCGGAACGGUGGAAGACCCCAGACAGCGUCCUGGGGACGGAGCCGCGAAGGUGAGAAGAGCGAGCGCGAGGACGAAAGCAGCGCGACGGGACGAGAGGGCGAGAAGGCUCGGUCGCCAGCAGACGCGCCCCUGUCUUCGGUCUGUUCGGUGUGUUGGACCUCGACUCAGGAUCACAUCAACCGUCUUCUGCACUGCACAUGCUGUAAGGUGACCGUCCACAGGUACUGCUAUGCAGUCUGUUGUUCGCCGCUGACGCAGGCUUCGCCGCGCGCUGGCGCCGCAGCCGCCAUCGCAGCCACGUUCGGGACUGCAGACGCCGCCCAGCAGGCCCGCGAGGGUGCGGGUUCGGGGCCCACACCCCUCGGGGGAGGUCCCCACACUGUCUCCGGUGUGCCCUUUCAGGGCGCGUUCCCGCAACGCGGAGCCGCGCCGGCGCCGAACGUGGUGGCCGCGUCAAUCGCGGCGGGUGGCGGCGACGACUGGCUGUGCUCUCGGUGCGAGAAGGAGAGGCGACUCUUUGGGCUCCAGCAGCAGAGACAGAACUUUGUCUGCGCCUCCACGGUGUGCUGCAUCUGCGGCCGAGCGGGGGGAGCGCUGAAGUCAGCCGUGUUCUUCGAGAGAAUUCGCCCACGGAGGCUGCGGACGGCUGAAGCCGAGAGAACCGGCGACGCGGGCCUCGCCCAAGAAGGAGACACCCGAGAUGGCGCAGAGGGCAGCGACGACGAGCAGCGCGGGACCCGCGUUCGUAAGGCGGGGGAUCGCGAAGAGAGAGAAUCCGAACACGAAGAUGAGCGCCGGAAAGGCGAGAAGAAGCGCCGGGGAAGUGCAGGGAGCGCGAGUGGGCGAGGGCCGAAACCGAGGGAGAAGAAGGAGGAUAGGCGAGGUUCGACAGCCGCCUCGAGUCAGAAACUGGCCUCCUCAGGUGGCUCUGAUUCUCGCCGAAACGGAGAAGACCAGCUCACCGGUGCGAUGGAAGGUCAGAAGGCAUGUGCUCGCGGGAGUUCGCAAUACAUGCACGGGAAGGGAUUCUUCGAGAGCGUUGUGUCGACCUCUGCGUCGCCCGCCUCAACGUCCAGCCUCCCCACGAGAGGACGAAGCCAGCGUUCCAGGGUCCAUGCGAGGCCUGAGGACUGGCGCCGCGUCGACCGCGGAGACAUGGUCCACGUCAUGUGUGCUCUCUGGAUGAUGCCGUACACGCGGUGCCUAGACACAGAGUGCCUCGAGCCUUGGGAUCUGUCGGGGCUCCGCCGCCAAAAGAGGCGUGAAGCCGCUCGCUUCAGCCGGCGCCGUCUCGGCGUGUGGCGGCGGAGACACUCGGGAGGCCCGCGCGAGAGACCCGACGCAGGCUCGCAGUCGGAGCAGAGUGGAGACACAAAACGCAAACGGGCGGAUUCGUGGGAAGCGUCUGACGCGUUUUCAGAGGGCACAGGGUCCCCUCUUGCAGCGAAAAUGUGGAGCGACGUUGCUUUGCAGACUCCUGAUGGUGGCCGAGACAGUGCGAAGAGGCUGAGAACGACUGUCUCCUUGCCGGGGCGAAAGCGCGGGGGCGACGAUAGCUUAAAGGCCCCCGAAGCUGCCCCCAACGUGCAUGUCCCUCCUGACACUCUGGCAGUCGUGGAGACCGUGACCGAACCCUCGCAGACUCGGUGUUCUGCCUCCGCUCUUGCUCUGGAUCCUGACCUGAGCAUGUCGAUGUGCCUUGUCUCGAGUUCGUCGCCAGGAACCUCCGGUUCCACCCCGGAUGCGCUGUUCACGCCUCUUCCCGAUAGCCCCAGCUGUAUCGUCUGUGGGAUGAGUGACGGUUUCCUCAAGCGCUGCGCCUGUCGCUCGUGUCUCUCCGGUUUCUUCCAUCCUCUCUGUGCAUGGCUGAAUGCGUUUCCGGUCUCCACCGUUCUCGCCGCGUCGCCGCGCAUGCAGAGCCUUCGCCUGUGGGCUGACCGCAGGCUCUGCAUGCGUGGCGACGCGAGCGCGACGGAGACAGCGUGGAGCCACGGUGAGGGCGGUGGGGAAGGCGACGACGCAUUUCGUGGAUUCGAUGACCGCUUCGAACAUUCGGGUGACGUCUCGCCUCCGGAUUCGUCUGAAGAGGAAGAAGAAGAAAUUGCCUGGGCAUCUUCUUCUCUCUCCGCGGCGGCUCUCGUGCUCUCGGCCUCUCAAGAGGAAGGAAGCGACGUCGACAGGCUCUCAGACCUUCUUCCGGAGCGGCCUGCGGCGCUCGUGUCUUCGGGUGGCGAUGCGACGAGCCUUGACCUUGCAGGCGAGGCGUCGCCCUCGAGGAGAAAUGGAAAGGAAGCGGAGACACAGAGCUGGCCUCCAGCAGGCUUCCGUGGAGUGGGGAGUCCCGGGGCGCAGCGCGCAGGCCCCGCGACGCAAGACUCGCGACGAAGAGGAGAACGAAAAACGGCUCGCUGGGGACCUCUCUGGGAAGACUUUCUCAUGAAGCGUCUCGUCGUCCACGUUUGGUGCCCACAACACGCCCACCUCGCCCCUCACGCGAGGGCAAGGAACCAAAUGGAACAGAUGCACUACCGUCUUUCGCGGCUUUCUCUGUCCCAGCCUGAGGGUUUCGCGUAUCGAUCGAUGUUGGAAUGUGCGCCGAACUCAGGCGCCUUCUUGAGUGUCGGAGACGCUUCCCUGCCGAGUCUCCCCUUCUCCGAGACGAACAGCUUCUUCCCUCCGGGCCUCGGGUCUCCACUGCAUGGUCUCCCGGGGGGCGAGGUCGAGGCCUCGCUGGGGACCCCACACGCGGAUCCUCAGGCAGGUGGUCUCCAGGGCAGCGUUGGAGCCGGGAGUAUGGGGAAAAAUCUCGGGGGCGCAUGCAAGAAGCGCCGGAAGCCGGGAAGCUCGCUCCCUGCAGCCUUUUCAAAUUUCGGUCUCGAUGUCAGCCUCGCACCCUGGCACCCGGCAGCUCCCGCGCGCGUCGCUCUGCAGUCUGGCGCUCUUCUGGAUAAUAGUGGCGAGCUCGCCGGAGCCCAGACGCCGGCUCUGUCGGGAGUCGCGCCGCUGGUGCCCUUUGGAGGCGACGCCGAACGUCCUGACGGGUCUGCACACCUGGGAGGCGGAGACGACCGGGGAGACAGGGUCGCACACGGUGAGGCCUUUCGGCUUGGGGAGGCGGCGGACGGCUUUGUGGGGCGUAUCGAGGAGACAGACGGGGCGCUAGGACCUCGAGGAGUGGACGCGGCUUCUGCGUGGGUGGAAGGAAGCGGGGCAGAUUACUUGCUCCGAGAAGGAACUGACCACGAAGGAACAAACGAAAGUGAAGACAGCGACCCUCUGCCUCCAGAUCGGUACCCCGCGGGUGUCUGCGCGAUUUGUCUCGAGCGCGACGCGUCCGGCAGUCGUGCUCCAGGAUCACCGGAUCAUAGCAGGAAGGAAGAGGGGCACUGCGAAGACGGAGAAAAGGAAAACAAUGUAUCUUUUUCCGCAGAGGGAAGUGAGGAGAGCCUUGUUCUUUCGCGCCUUGAAAAGACCUCAAAAAGGAGACAAAGGGCCUUGUUCUCUUGCCGCGGAUGUGGGGUCUGCGUGCACCGCGCGUGCUACGGGGGACGAGGCUUCCGUUUUUCCCUCAGAGAGAGGAAAAGUGGAACGCAUGCAGACGGCGCAUGUCUCUCGCCUCUUGGAGUCACAUCACUGUGCACAAAUUCUUCUCCCUGUGAGAACAAAGGAACAGAAGGCGACGCGCUUCCUGUUGCGGAUGUCGAGGAGUCAAUGAAAGGCAAACGGAGGAAGGAAAGAGGAGACACCACGACGCAGAGUCAGCGAAAGAACGAGAGUCGGCGAGCCGAGAAAGAUCGAAAACGACGCGAGACUGCCGACCUCGCCGUCGCCGGAACUUUCCUCUGCGAUGUGUGUGCAUGGGGAUCGAAUCCUCGAGAGGUCUCCUGUCUCCUCUGUCCCCGUCGUGGGGGCGCCUUGAAGGCUGUGCAGCCCCUGGACUCUGCCGCGGCCUGGCGCCGCUCUCUUCGCUCUUCUUCUGCCUUUCUCGGGUGCUGGUCUCGCCCGCUGUAUGUACACAUGUUUUGCGCGUUGCUUUCUCCGUUUCCACCCGUGAAGAUCGCGAGAAACCAGGAACUGUCUCCGGUGUGGGGUGUGGAUCUUCUAGCGGCGGCGCUAAAGGCCCGAACAGACGUCGUCCUUUCCGCGCUCGCUGCGGAUGCAGGGAAACGCCAAACGCAUGCAGGGCCGACGAAGCUGGAGGGUGCGAGAAAAGAGGCGCUCUCUGGGGUGGCUCUCUGCGGGGUCAGAGCCGGCCAGGAGCCAGUUAAGGCGGAGGAGCGAGUGGGCGUAGCGAAGAGAGAAGAAAACGCUGCUCGGGUGAAGCGUGAAGCCUCAACCGCGAGCGGCGCCGAGCGGAAGCAGGCGGCUGAGCAGUCUGCACUGUCAAGAGACGAAGCGACGGAAGAAAUGCUUCGAAAACUAGGACAAAUUUGUGCGUUCUGUGGACGCGUUGGGGGCCUGUUGCUUCAGUGCGCCUUCAGACAUCCCGGUCGACCGCACACGAGUCGAGAAUGCAUUUCAUCCUCCGUCGGGAGGCGACACCCUCAGUGCAUACCUCACGAGUUGCGGUUCGAACAGCGCGAAACAGGGAAGGAGGAAAGUGACUGCGGAGAAGGGGGGGACAUGACAAGUUGCUGCGGGGGCCUGGAGAUUUUCGCGAGAAAAACAGAUCCUCAUCGAUGCCUCACUCGCUUCCAUCCGAUCUGCGCGUACCAACGAGGCAUCCAUGUCUCCUGGUGUGCCGCUGAAGACUGCAGAGCCUUCUUCUUCUGUCGGGAGCAUUCGGAACAAAUUCAGAGACUUCCACCUUCUGUCUCUCGCCUGCUUGACGUCUACCGUCUUCUCCUUCAGCAUCGCGCUCUGCUGCACGACAUGGUGCAUGUGGAGCAAGACUACACACAUCUGUUGGACAUCGAGGAAGAACUGAAGCAACAAGAAGCUCUUCAAGUUCAGCUGCUGGAUUUGUGGAGACGCCAGGAGAACCAGAAACAACUCCACGCUCAAAAAAUGCAACAGAAACCCAAGAAAAAGACGUCCUCAGUUUGACGGCAGGGCUCUUUUUACAUGCAGACAACCACAAAAAGGGCAUCUGUUUUCUCAGUUAAAACAUGCAUAUAUAUAUAUAUAUAUAUGUAUGUAUCUAUUAACUGUCUGGUUACACCUUAUGUCUGCAGCGAUGUAGAGUGUGUCUUGUGGGAGAAGAAAACAGAAUCUUUGUCGAGUGUAUGCAGCUCUCGGUUUCUCGUGCAUGCAGACACUUUGUCCUUUCUUUUUCACGCCCACUGCGGCAACACAGAAGGGUCUCUUUCAAGACUCUCAGUCCUCCCGAUGACGAGUUCUGUGAACAGAAAGGAAAUCCCUCAAACGAAACGCUUUUUA